AUGAACAAAGAAAUAUUUGAUGAGAAAGAAAUUGCUGAAAAUCUCAACAAGUUCUUUAUAAACAUCGGAAAAAAUUUAGCUGCUGAUAUAAUUCCUGGAAAAACAACAUUCCAGUCAUAUUUAAAAACAGCUCAUUCUGUAAAUGAAUUGUCUGUAAAUGAACUUAGAGCAUCUUUUAAUGAAUUAAAAAUAAAUAAGAGUGUAGGAUUUGACGAUAUAAAUGUCAAUGUUCUGAAAGCUGUUUAUGAUAUUAUUGAAUUACCUCUUCUUUUUAUUUCUAAUUUGUCAUUAGCAACUGGUAUUUUCCCUUGUCGAUUAAAAGUUGCACGAAUUGUCCCUCUUUACAAAAAUGGUGAUGAUUCUUUAUCACCUUAUUAUAGACCAAUAUCCAUUCUUUCCUGUUUUUCAAAAGUGCUCGAGCGAUGUUUUAGGAUUUAA